AUGGUUAUUGCCAGUCUUUGCAUAAACCAAGUACAAGUAGUCAAGAAACAUCUGGAUGAUGCAUUUCACAUCAAGGACUUAGGUCCUCUAAAAUUCUUCCUAGGAUUGAAAGUGGCUAAAAAUAGCAAAGGGAUCAAUUUAACUCAAAGAAAGUACACCCUGAAAUUGCUUGAAGAAGCUGGCUUCUUGGAAUGUAAACCAGCCAAAACUCAUAUGGCAACAUCAUCCAGACUCAGUAGAACCACUGGCAACACACUUCAGAAUAUUACUCAAUACAGAAGGCUGGUAGGGAAAUUAUUGUAUCUGACAAUCACAAGGCCAGAUAUAUGCUAUGCUACACAACAAUUACCUCAAUUCCUAGAUUGUCGUACUGAUGAACACUUGCAGGCUGCACACAGGGUGCUGAGAUAUGUCAAAGCAGCCCCUGGCCAAGGUCUAUUCCUCUCAACAUCAUCAUCUCUAUUGAUCAAAGGCUUCUCUGAUUCUGAUUGGAUUGCAGGCCUAGAUACUAGAAAGUCUGUAACUGGUUUCUGCAUAUUCCUUGAUAAAACCUUGGUGUCUUGGAAGUCAAGGAAACAUACCAUAUCCAGAAGCUCAUUUGAGGAUGAGUAUACAGCCCUUGGAUCUGCAGCAUGUGAAAUCCAAUGGCUAGUCUAUCUGCUACAAGACCUAGAGGUCAACGUUGAUUCCCCAGCCAUGUCGUACUAUGAUAGCAAAUCAGCUAUAGCAAUAGCUGAAAAUCCAGUCUUCCAUGAGAGGACUAAGCACAUUGAAAUACAGUGCCAUCUUGUAAGGAAGAAGCUGCAGAGACACAUUGAAAUUAUUACAUGUCAUCACCACCAACCAACUGGCUGA